AUGUGCGCCAAUAUCCCCGAAUUCGACUCUUUUUACGAAAAUGAAAAUUUAAAUUACAACUUGGAAUCACUCGCACCUUUAAAUUGUGAUGUUAACUCGCCCUUUUUUCCUAUCAAUAACAGUGACAUCAACGUUAAUGCUUAUGGUGACGAAAAUUUAACGUACUCCAACUUUUUAUUGUCUUAUAGCGAUAAGCUGGCUGCUACAACUGAUAAAAGCAAUAGCAUUAAUAAUAGUAAUAUUAAUAAUAAUAGUAAUAAUAAAAAUAAUAAUAAUAAUAAUAAUCUACUCGGUAAUGAUAUCAGCCAGAUGGCUUUUUUGCUCGAUUACCCCUCUACUCUCAACGAACCGCAAUUUUCCGUAAAUUGUAAAGACAUUUACAAAAAGGACAUAUCGACGCCUUCGUCAUUAGUUUCGAGCCUGCCAUCUGCUAAAUUCUCUUUAUCCCUAUCAAAUUCGCCUUCUCCUCCACCACCAUCAUCUUCCUCUUUAAAACAGGAAGAAGCAAUAAUUUCUAAUACCAGCGCGAACAGCGACAUAUUUGCCGAUCCUAAUACAUUCGAAAAGGAUACUUUGCCCCUCACACAAGAACUGACGAUAGAAAACCUAAAUAAUCAAUUAAACUACCCAGAUUUUACGAUAAACACCAUCGAACAAGAUCCAACCCCUUCUUCUUUUUCGUCGUCGUCUUCGUCUUCGUCUUCGGAAUCAACCACCUCUUCCAGCAGGAAGAGGAAGUCCUGUCAUGAUUCAUUUACGCAUUCAUCGCCCUCUUCUUCUGAGUCCAAGAAAAUUUCUGAUUCAAGAUUAUCCGCCGAAGGUUUGGCUAAAGUACUGAAUUUAGAAUCUCCCGAAGAAGCUUUAAAAAGAGAGCGCUUUAUAUUGGGUAUUUUCCAAAACGAACUAAAUUACCCGCUAGGUUACAAGACGUGGAUUAGGGAUACUACAAAAGAGUAUAGGACAAACUUAAUUAACCAACUGCACGAACGAGUAAGGGUAAAGUACCCCGAAUACAACCAGUCCAUACUCGAAACUAUAAUUAGGCGAGGUACCUACUACAUGAUGCAGAGUAGGUUAAGAAGAGAGAGAAGAAUGAAACUCAAAGAACGUAAAAGAACAACCUAA